GUUCCAACCACAUCUGACUGCGUUCUGGGAUAUGGUCCGGUGGUACCAGACGGUUACGGAUGCUGUUACAACCCGGGCCCCAAUUCUAUCACUUUCUGCAUAUCGGCGUUCCAUUCAUCCGAGUCGACCAAAUCGUCACUUUUCGCACAGAAUCUGGAAGACAGUUUGCUGGCCAUGCAAGAACUGCUGCAAUCCAGGGGGACAUAGAACCAUGGAGAAAAUUUAGCUUAGCGAGAAGCUAUCUUCUACCAUUAUUUCUCUAUAGAAUCAUAGAGAG